AUGCGGCAUCCGGAUCAACUCAACCACCUUGUCGACCAAACCACCAAGCCUGCCGUGCACCUCAAAACUCGAAACUCUUACCCUACCGGAAGUCCUUACUUCAAUCCCAGACCCGUCGUCCCAAUUCCUCGCCGCAUGACCGAGUCACAAACCAUUUCGCCAGUAACCCCCCAACACGACGGGAACACAGCAGAGCCGAUGGACUCUACAAUUGACACCGAUAUGGUUUUACGGCAGAACUUAGAGCAUUGGCAGCAAAUGGCCCCACCACCCCCACCUCCUCCUCCGGGACUACAGACACCUAUGGGAAUCUCGGUAGCUUCCGGGUCCUUAGACGCACAAUUAGCGGAAAGUCAAUCGCCGGAACUGCUCACACCGAAAAACGCUCAGGCGCCAAAAGGAGGAGCAAGGGCUAGAGCUAGAGGUGGCUCUGGGAGGGGCACCCGGCGUAGGAAGACUGGCAACGUCCCCGUUAAGGAUGAGAGUGAUGGUGCGUCAUCGGAAGAGUUUACAAUGGAAGGCGUCAAGACAAAGUCUGGGAGAAAGGUACAUAGGCCAGCGCACUUUAAUCCCGCGCAGAAGCAACCGUCCCGACGCCGCGGGCCGUACCGUCGCAUUCACGAUGCACGAAUAUGCAAAAUCUGCCAGCGUGGCCAUUCACCGCAAUCUAACAUGAUUGUCUUCUGCGAUGGGUGUAACACUCCAUACCACCAGCUCUGUCACGACCCGCCAAUCGACGACCUGGUGAUAGCUGUUGCUGAGGCGGAGUGGUUUUGCACGAGUUGUAGUAAAAAGCGAGAGGAGCGACCCUUAUCCACCGGCCUUAGUGGGCAGAACCUCACGGAGGACGAGAAGAGGACGUAUCUUGCUUCGUUACCACUGUCAAGUCUUGUGGAGCUCAUAUUUUUCUGCGAAAAGACGCAUCCAGACUUGCCCUUGUACGAUCCAAAAACAAAGUCCAUUGUAGCCAAUAUCAAGACGGCGAGCGUAACAGCAGUAGGGAAAGACGGGGAUGAGGAGACACCGGGUAUUAAUGGGGAUAGCGCACCCGGGGAAGUAGAAGGUGGGGAACCCAUGACACUUACCGGAGUACCGAAUUGGGAGGACAUGAUCACAAUCUUCGAGUGGUUAAGCAAUAAUUACCCCGCCCUCGAGGACCGUGAUAUACGUUCCGAAGCACAGGGGUCCCUGCAAUCGGCGCUAAGGAAGAGCCGCCUACUCAGAGAAGGACACUCAUACAAAGUCAAUCCAGAAUACAUAUCCAACAAGUCAUUCGCACCGUCUCAAACGGAUAACAUCCCAGUGAUAUCCCCCGGCUCAGGAAUAAAGUUACCCCCGGAAACCGAGGACACAGACGGCCUCCUGGUGGACGACGAUCUAGUAGCCUUUAGCCACCGCUUCAACGAAACCGCCAUUUCGCACCGCACUGGGGCAGGUGUUGGCGGUGACGACGACGUGAUGGGCGGGAUCGGCGACGACGACGACGGCGGGGGUAUAUUGGGCAUCGGCAACAUAAACGGCGUUCAGGACACAGAUGACGGCAAUGAGGAUGCGCCAGGGGAACCUGAUGCUGAGGCGGUACCUGCGCCUGUAGUCAUGGGAUAGGUUUCCCAAUCACUUUUGUAUUCUAGCAUAUUACGGGUAUGACCAGGCUUCCAUAAUAGAGCACUCGCUUACUGUACUGUAA